GAAGAAGAUAACGUCAUCUUCCAGCGUCCGUUCAAAUCAGCGAUAGCGGUACCCUACCUGAAUUUGAAAAGGGUUUUAUUAAUCCCAUUACUGUUAAACUAGACAAACAGUUUGAGAUGAUAGACAUGAUUGAAAAGGAGGAUUCUAUCAUUAGCGAGGAAGAAGCUGCUCAGUAUGACCGGCAGAUCCGACUAUGGGGCCUGGAUGCACAAAAGAGACUGCGGGGGUCUCGUGUGCUCCUGGUGGGGCUCAGGGGCCUGGGGGCUGAGGUGGCCAAAAAUCUCAUCCUGGCUGGAGUGAAGGGGCUGACCAUGCUGGACCACGAACUGGUGACGGAGGAGUCAUGCCGAGCCCAGUUCCUGAUUCCAGUGAACAAUCAGGGCCAGAAUCGAGCCCAGGCCUCCCUGGAGCGUGCCCAGUACCUCAACCCCAUGGUAGAGGUGAAGGCAGACACAGACAGGGUGGAGACCAAACCAGACGAAUUCUUCCUACAAUUUGAGGCAGUGUGUCUGACCGGCUGCUCCAGAGAUCUGAUGGUACGCGUGGACCAACUCUGUUUCCAGCACAACAUCAAGGUCUUCUGUGGCGACGUCUUCGGUUACCACGGAUACAUGUUCUCCGACCUUGGCCAGGAGCACAACUAUGUUGAAGAGAAGCCCAAAGUAGUCAAGCCCAAAACAGAGGAGUCCAAUGAUGGACCCGAGGCCAAAAAAACAAAGAUCGACCCAAAUGAGACCACCAUGAUCAAAAAGACGGCCUGCUUCUGCUCCUUGAAACUGGCUCUGGAAGUGGAUUGGACCAAUGAGAAGGCCAAGAGCAGCCUGAAGCACACCCCCGUGGACUACUUCCUGCUACACGUACUGCUGAAGUUCCGUACAGACAAAGGUCGCGACCCCCACCCAGAAAGCUUUGAGGCAGAUGCCAUGCUCCUGAGACAGAUCCGGGAUGAUGUCCUGGAGGCCAUGGGACUGAGUAGCGACCUGCUACCUCACGACUUCGUCAGCUACUGCUUCUCUGAGAUGGCCCCUGUGUGUGCUGUGGUGGGAGGAGUGCUGGGACAGGAGGUUGUCAAGGCUCUUUCCCAGAGAGACGCACCGCACAAGAACUUCUUCUUCUUUGACGGUAUGAAGGGCAGCGGGGUGGUGGACUACUUUGGCCCAAAGUGAUCGACCAUAUUCCCACCAGAGGAGGGAGAGUCAGACCAUUUAUCAAUGUGUAAGUGUUCACCUCCAGCUGAACGUUCAACGAGUGUUUCAACAGGCGAGAAGGAUUUGUCGUUCUACAUGUUCUCCUUCUACUAUACAUACGCACACACACACACACACACAACACAGACGGUUUUUUCAGCACGCCUUCUGGAAGUUCUCUUUUCUUGUUCGCUAUUGUCAGACUGUCCGUUUUAUGUUUCUAGCACAGAAGUAUUUUUACAUUUUGUAAUAAAACUAUUGUGAACAAAAAUGA